AUGAUUCAAUGUACAGUUAAAACAAAUGGUCUGCAGCACUAUCACAAGCGUGAGGAAGAGUCGAGCAGGGACUUGGCGGCACGCAACUGCCUAGUUGGCGAGGCGAUGACCGUAAAGGUCGCCGACUUUGGGCUAGCGCGCUACAUGGAGCGUGACGUGACGUACCGGGCACGGGAAGGCGCCAAGUUUCCUAUCAAAUGGACAGCACCCGAGGGCCUUGUCUACAACUGCUUCUCCAUCAAGUCUGACGUCUGGGCGUUCGGCGUGCUGCUGUGGGAGAUCGCGACCUACGGGGCCGCGCCGUAUCCCGGUGUGGAGUUGCAGGAUGUCUAUGUUCUCCUCGAAAGGGGCACUCGCAUGGAAGCACCUCAAGGCUGUCCUGAUGCUGUCUACCAACUCAUGCUUGAUUGUUGGAGUUGGAACUCGGAGGACAGACCGAGCUUCAAGGAGGUGUACACGCGUCUUGAAACCAUCCGCACCUCCUCAGACAUCAGCGAGGCUGUGGAACACGAGCUUCAACGCCAUCGCAUUAGGAUGCCGCCUCCUCCACUGCCUCCUCCGCCUCCUACAACUGUCGCUGCCUUCGCCCCACGACGAAGCAGCAGCUGCGAUCGUAUAGACGAGAGCAAUCUAUCCCCAACCGCCGAGAUGGGCAGGCAUGGUCAUGCAGAGUCCUUCACAGUCCAGGAUGCGGUCUCACGACUAGUUGAUAGUGGUGGUGGCAGUGGUAGUGCCCUCCACCAACAACAGCAACAGUUCUCCGCCUAUCCCUGUCGUCAGCAGGGCUGUAUGGUCCCAGGCAACCGGUUCUCCGAGGUCUUCCCGUCUUCAUUGCUUCCACCUCCUCCUCUGCACGCCAACGCGGACUUUGCAGUAGUGGGAGCAGAGAUUGGUGGUGCAGGUUCUUUAGGCCGCAGAAAGGCUGCUCCCCCGGCACCGCCGUUGCGCACGACUACGUUACGACCUGAUGAGCCCUGUGAAAAAGUCACUGUAUCACUCCAGCCAGGUAGUAGGGAGGUAGAGGAGGUAUCACGUACGGCAGGCAGCUCCGCAACGAAGUUUUCCAGUUGGUUCACGGCCACGUCUAGUGUCAUCCCAGCUUUUAAUAGCUUUCCUGCAGGACAUAGGGCUGGAGUAGAUGCUGAAGAUAGACGCCAUGUUUAA